AUGGGAAAUCAGCUGGAGCGGGAGCACGACGUGGGACCCGUAGUGGCCACUGGUGGACCCGACGGCAUUUGGAAGAUCUACACGGCCAAGAAGAAGGACACAGGCGAACCAGUGUCCAUUUGGGUCUUCGAAAAGAAGCAACUGGAAAAGCACUCACGCGACGUGCAAGAGGCAGUCCUCGCGAUGCUGCGAGCGGAUGUGACGAAUCUGAGCCGGCUGGUGCAUCCCAACGUGCUGAGAGACUUCUCUGGCUUGCCAAAGGUGCCCUCGGCUCUGGAGAACUUUGAGUUAGAUCCCUUGGAGGCGAAGCUGGGGCUGCUCGAGCUGGCCGAGGGACUUGCAUUCCUCCAUGGGCAUGCUCGCAUUGUGCACCGCAACGUGUGCCCGGAAAGCAUAUUUCUCACCCAGAAGGGGAUGUGGAAACUGGGUGGCUUCCAUUUUGGUCUCUUCCUAUCAUCGCGCCAAGCGAGAGAGACCAUGCGGCUGGACUACCGAGAGUUUGACUACAAGCCACCCUUCCGUGUGUCACCCAACCUCGAUUACAUGGCCCCAGAGGCAGCCGAUGGGCAAUGGGAGCCAUCGAGCGACAUGUGGAGUCUGGGAAUGGUGGCCUGGCAGCUUCACACGCGCAAGCCGCCUCCCUCCACGCGAAACAAUCUCCUCACGCACCGGGCCGUCGUGGAGCGCAUACGUAGCAUGGAUUGGACGCAAUUCCCCGACGCGCUACAAGACGUGCGUACUUUUCUCGAGAGCCCCUACUUCAAGGACACUCUGCUCCUUGCACUCGUUUUCCUCAACGAUCUCAUCACCAAGGACAAUCCGAGUAAGCUCAAGUUCUUCAAGGGCCUGGCUUCCGUGCUGCCGCGCUUUCCUCCGCGCCUCAUCAAGGAAAAAGUCGUCGCUGCGCUCCUGGCCGAGCUGGGGCGAAGCGAAGGAGAGCUGCAGGCCCUCGUAUUGCAAAGCGUUCUGGCCUCCUCCCGCGGCACUCUCACCGCUUCUGAGUUUUCCCGACUGGUGCUGCCGUCCCUCCUGCCGCUUAUCACACCGGAGGCUCCAAUGCCCUGUCUGCUUCUGCUGCUGGGUGAGCUGGAGACGCUCGCCAAGCUUGCUCCUCCGGAUGAUGUCAGCCAAUACCUGGUUCCACUUGUGGUGCGAGCCCUAGAGUCGCCCAACCCCAAGCUCAACGAAGAAGCCUUGAAGCAACUGCCCAAGGUAGCCGCGGUGCGGGACGUUGUGGUACCGCGGCUCGAGUUGCUCAUGGCCAACACCCGUCUCGAGCCGAUUCGUGCUCGUAUCCUCAUCACCCUCAAAGAUGUGGUCGAAAUUGUGGAUAAGAGCACAGUCUCGGAUCGUGUUCUCGCCAUCGUGGAUACCUGUCUCGCUAUCGACCGCUCUGCACCCACGCUCAUGCGCUGCAUAGUGGUCUAUGACUUGAUCUCGGACAAGGUGGGCAUGGAGAUCACGGCAGCGAGGAUUCUACCGUUUGUCGUCCCCCUGCUGCUGGAGCCUCAGCUCGGCGCCCAACAGGUGAUCCCCUUGUUCCCUCGCCGCCGUGCCGGGUAG